AUGCUUUCUAGUCGAUCUUUAUUGAAGGUGCCGAUACUCCUGUUGGUUGUUGCCUUCGGUCUCAUCAGUUAUCGGGCUGUUUUCGCGGUUCCGGCCCAAACCAUCGCACUGUUCCCCGAAGUACAAUCGGCAACUCCUCAUGUUGGGACCUGGAGAACAUGGUUCCAUCCAGAUCAGUCCAGAUCAAAUGUUCCAAAGCAGACGUUGGUAAAAGAAUGGAAUAUUCUUAAUCAUCUCGGAGGUAUUGGUCCCUGGAUUGAGAACAUCGGUGGAGAACCAGCUUCAAAUCUAGCACCCCCAACGGGAUGCUCAGUUGAUCAGGUGCAUCUGCUAUCGCGCCAUGGGGAACGAUAUCCCACAUCUUCAGCUGGAGGGAGGCAUCUCCAGUUUUUAAAGAGGGUUCACGACACAGGCUUACCACUCAAUGGCUCACUUGCAUUUUUAAAUGAUUGGAGCUAUAUCACCAACAAUCCUGACCGAGACUUCGGGCAAUUGACCAACACAGGCCCUUAUUCUGGCACGCUGAAUGCAUUCACGACCGGUAUCAGAUUCAGAACACGCUAUGGAUAUCUCAUUCCCCAAGGUACUCAGACACGCCUAUGGGCAAGUGACUCAGAACGUGUGAUUGAUACAGCUCGUCAUUUUGCCUCGGGAUUCUUUGGCCUAGACUGGGAGAAAACCGGAAAAGCCCAGUUGCAGAUUAUCCCCGAAUCUUUUGAACGCGGCGCGGAUACUUUGACACCAGGCGAUACAUGUUUGAAGUAUCUUAAUGACACUGUUCAUGGUCAUGACAAUGGGUUAGAGAUGCUCGCGCGUUUCCAGAAGACCUAUAUUCCUGCAAUUGCAAAACGACUGAUCCAUGAGAACAACUUCGGUCUACUUGGACUCUCCAACAAGGAAGUUUACAGCAUGCAGGAGAUGUGCGGGUUCGAGACAAUGGUUCGAGGAACUAGUCCAUGGUGUGAAGUCUUUACUGAACAAGACUGGUAUAACUUCGAGUACGCCCGUGAUUUACGCCUAUAUUAUCGUGCAGGGCCGGGCAAUCCAUACGCUGGUGCAAUGGGAUGGCUCUGGUUGAAUGCAACGACAGCACUGCUUCGUGAUGGGCCAAAGGCUGGAAGCAUGUUUUUCAGUUUUGUGCAUGAUGGAGACAUAGCUCCAUUUCUCACAGCAUUGGGCGUCUUUGCCGGAGACAAGGGGCAUCUUCCCGUGACCCACAUUGCAGCAAAUCGAGACUGGCAGAUGUCGCAUGUUCUGCCUAUGGGCGCAAGGAUCACGCUCGAGCGGCUGUCUUGUCUAAAAUACGAUGAGCCGCAUUUGCGGAUCAAUAUCAAUGAUCGGAUCAUAACAUUGCCAUUUUGCAAGUCAGGUCCCGGAGGUUCUUGUCCUCUCAGUCGGUUUGUCGAAUAUACUGUUAUCGCUCUCAAUUUCUCACAUCUCUCGACUUCACAUUUACCUAAUACCUUGACGGCAUCCCAUCUGCCGUCAUGGAAUAUCACUCCGUCCCACCAGAGGAGCGCGCCAGAGAUGAAGAUGGCAACCUCCUCCCUUGGGGUUAUGUUUACAAAGAGUAUGUCUUGGAUCUUCAACGCCUCGCCUCAUAUUACUGACCAGUUAUCUCUCAGUGAAUCUCGUAAUCCUCGACGACCACCAGAAGAAUCAGGACCCUUCGGCAAGAGAAGAAAUGCUCGAUAUGAUAAUGCCCGCUCACGAACACGGACUGGAACACCAGCAAAGCGCGAGAAUCCCAAUGUCGCCGAAUUCGGACGGCUUUUCUCACAACAGCAGGAGGAGGAGAAAACACAAGGCUUGCCCAAGUCAUCAUCGUCAUCCAGUCUUGACAACCCACGAAAGCAAACAGAGAAGGUCGCCACUGAGUGCAUACUUUAUGGAUACAAAAGCAAGGACACCGAAUGGAAGGUCAUCGAUAAAUACGAGCGCAUCUCUCAGGGCAUGAUCUGCGAAGACUACCCUCGGAGCGACCCGAAUUUAGCGAGCCAAUACACGCAGCUAUUAAGCGGAGGCGACGUUGUCAUCCGGAAUCUGUCCGCCGAUGCGAACCGCAAAUCCAAGCGCUACGCUGGUGGCUAUCACUGGAUCAAAAUCACCUACGAUUCGACUCAAGCCGCAGACCGCGCCUGCUUCUACUCGCCACAGGAAAUCGAUGGACACAUGGUCUUCUGCGAGUUGUACAACGGCCAUGGCCCAGCCGAAGACACUCCCAUCCCAGCAGACUCUUCUGCAAACAGUCGCAUUCGCAACAAAGCGCCGCGCACCUUGACCACCUCACACUCGACUGCGUUCCUCUCCCAUUCCAGCAAAGAUCAGGAGCGUAUGACAUUGCCUCGCUCUUUCGCCAUGAACAACCUCACUACCGUCCCGGAUGUACCAGAGGACGAAAGGCAUUCAGUUGAAUCCUCGACAGUCGCUGGAACCGCCGACGAUACUAUUACAUCAACAGCAACUUCGAUGACUGCAACCGCCACACCCUCAUUCCAGCAGAGCACUGUGAACACAACUUCCUCUUUCUCAACUUGGACAACGGGCGCUUCGUCCAAUACCGAUCACACAUCAGUCCACCAACGCCGAGCCCCUACCUACGGCGAACCCCUUCCGGACAGCGAGUUCAUGACGCACAUUCCGACCGUCCGCCGCACCAAGCUGCGCCCCAUGCUCGAGGCCCUCCCCCCACGGCUAACCAUGACCGAGCGCGUCCUUCGCUCGAUCCCCGUUCUGAGCUGGUUCACCGGCGAUAUUGUGGGCGAAGGCCCAUUGCUCCGGGAAGAUGGCACAUUCGAUUCCGAAAAAUCCGGCCUUUACUGGAGGUUCUGGUAUGCUUUCGAUUAUUUCUUAAAAACGGAUAUGUGUGGGUUGAAGGAGGAUAGUUGA